AUGAAAGUGUGUGCUCCUUUCACUGUUGUCUUGGCUCUGACUCUGAGCAGUGACUGUGCAAGGAUGCACUACAAAUCUGGGGCAGGAAGAGGCUCAAAACAUGAGUUCACUCACCCACAAGUGCUUACAGAGGAUGGAAAUUUAUGCAAAUUUCCUUUCCGGUAUGGUGGAAGGUUUUAUCAUUCAUGUUUAUCAAAAUUCCUCUCCCAAAAGAAAUGGUGUUCUACAACACAUAACUAUGACCGGGACAGGAAGUGGGGACACUGUGCUUCGGUGCCCAAAGACCACUCAGAUCACUGUGCAAACAACCCUUGCCAAAAUGGAGGGACCUGUUCUCUGGCCCAUGGACAUAGGAAGUACCACUGUACCUGUCCCGAGGAAUUCACUGGCAAGGACUGUCAGAUAGAGAAAUGUUUUGACAACAGUCUCUACCAGUUCUUUGAUGUGGACAUGAGCUGGCCAAGAGUCCAACAAGGAGCUGUGGAGGAGUGCAAGUGUGUGAACGGCCAGAUCGAGUGCAAGCAUGUUGAGCACAGACGUUGCACUCAUGAUCCUUGCAUGAAUGGUGGAGAAUGUAAAAUGGUUGCCCACAGUGGGGAAAUAGUGUGUGAUUGCAAAGAAAAUUAUGCAGGGAAGUAUUGCAAUAUUGUUCCCAGCCAUCGGUGCUAUGUUGGGAAUGGCACAGAGUACAGAGGUACAGCAAAGAUGACCAUUUCUGGACACAGCUGCUUGCCUUGGGAUUCAGAUUUGCUUUACCAAGAGUUUAAUGUUGAUAUUGUGGAAAAAGCAAUGCACCUUGGCUUGGGGCAUUUCCCUUACUGCAGAAAUCCAGAUGAUGAUGACAAGCCAUGGUGUUACAUCAUGAAGGACGACAGUUUGUCUUGGGAGUACUGUGACCUUCCAUCUUGUGCAAGCAGGGAAAGGAGGCCACCAGCUCCAGACAAUGUAGACACUUUUGCAGUUGCCAGAAGACCAUGUGGGAGAAGACACAAAAAAAGAAGUUUUGUGAGACCCAGGAUUGUUGGGGGAUCUUCAUCUCUGCCUGGAUCUCAUCCCUGGACAGCAGCUAUAUAUAUUGGAGAGAGCUUCUGUGGUGGAAGCCUUAUUCAGACUUGCUGGGUUUUGUCAGCAGCACAUUGCUUUGCUAACAGUCCACUAAAAUCAACUAUUAAGGUGGUCCUGGGUCAGCAUAUAUUUAAUAGAACAACUGAUAUAACACAAACAUUUGAAAUAGAGAAAUACAUCUUGCAUCCUGAAUAUUCUGUGUUCAACCCUAUUGAACAUGAUAUUGCUUUGAUUAAGCUGAAGAAGAAUGGCCAGCGUUGUGCCAUCAAGUCCCAGUUUGUUCAGCCCAUCUGCUUGCCAGAAAGUAACAUGGUUUUUCCUGAUCAGUUCAAAUGUCAGAUUUCUGGAUGGGGACACCGGCAUGAGAAUAUAUCUGGUUAUUCAGAUAUCCUGCAAGAAACACUGAUUCCAAUUAUUUCUGAGGAGAAGUGCAGAAGCCCUGAAGUUUACGGAACAGAAAUCACCGAAAAUAUGUUCUGUGCUGGCUACUUCGACAGCAAAUCUGAUGCUUGUCAGGGAGAUUCUGGUGGACCUCUGGCCUGUGAAGAAAAGGACAUCUCUUACCUCUAUGGAGUUAUCAGCUGGGGAGAUGGCUGCGGCAGAGUCAACAAACCUGGAGUAUACACCCGAGUGACAAACUAUAUUAACUGGAUUAACGAGAAAAUAGCCCCCCGAAAAACUAGUUGA